AUGGAUAAAGGUUGGUUUAUUGGACAUGAGAGGAUUCGUCCUUCAAAAUCUGAUGAGCAGUUAUCCAGCUUUUGCAACAGGGUCACUAGACCCUGCUUGACUAUCAACCUGACUGACAUGCUUCGAGCUGACCGACCAAGUGCAGUAAAAAAGCCAAUUCCAAUUCGACCGCCAAGCCCCAGAGUCUCUCAGCCCAAGAGACAAGAGUUUCAUCACAGUCCCUCCUGUGAACCACCACCUAAACCCAUCAUCAGACAGCGGUCCCGCUCUCUGCCUUCCACCACCAAUAAGAAGAAAUGCAGAAAUGUUGGUGUUCGGUUUGUUGAUUCUUUGGGGCUUGAUCUGGAAGAUAUCAGGUUUUUUAAAUCAGGAGAGGAUCCAUUUGUACCAUAUCAUGUCACAUUUAGACUGUUGAUGGCUGCUGAAUUAGCAAAUGGCAAGCAUAUGGAGAUAUCCUUGCCAUACUUGAGGCCAGUUUUUGACCAGCAACCUGGUGAUAAGCCUGGUUUCCUGCAUUGUCUGAAGCAGCAGAAAGUUUGUCUGGAAAGAGUCUUGUGUUCUGAACUGGGUGUGAUGGGAAUCACAGAAGUCCUCAAUAUGCACUUUGAGAAGGAAGUUACAGCACGCUUUACAUUUACAGAUUGGAAAAGCUACACAGAAACUAAAGCAUCUUGGGUCUCCACCACCACCAAGACCUUGGAAGGAGGGGAGCAACUCUGUUGUGACACAUUUCGAUUUCACCUGCCUGCUCCACCGUUUUUGCAGCCAGGUGCGGCGUUGCAGUUUGCCAUCAAGUACAAAGUGUGUGGAGCUGAAUACUGGGACAACAAUGGUGGAGAAAAUUAUAAGCUAGUUUGCCAUAACUACAAGCUUUCUGUGCCAAAAGAAUGUGAGGAUAGCAUGGUGCACUUCAUUUGAGAUGCUGACAGAUAGAAGAAAUCUAUUAAGAGCACUUUAUGACUGUUUGGACAAGACCUAUAAAAGUGUACAACUGCACUGUAACAUAAGAUAUUACUUUUUUAGGCUGUACUCAUUUUUUUUUUACAAGUUUGGCUUAAGAUAGACUAUCUGUACAAACAGCCAGAGUAGAGCUGACUAUAAUAGAGCACUUAUAUCUGAAGCCAACUAUUGUUGUUUUUUUAAUCAAGAAAAUGCACUAGAUUGUUUGAUUUCCCUGUCCAUUUCAACAAGUGCACUUUAUUUUGAGAAAAAAAAAAGAAGAUUAAUGGGACAGCCAAAGGCUAAGCCAACAUAGAUUUUGUGGGGAACUGAAACCUUUGCACUUCAGCCCAGUUUUCUUCAAGCUAAAAUUGUUAUAAAAGAAUAGUUGACUACAGUUAAGAUCUGAGGUCUUUUUCUGGGGGUGGGGAGUGAAAAGUGAAUAUAUAUGUAUAUAUAUAUAUAUAUAUAAACUAUGCCAUAAAUGUGAGGUUAACAGAUCUCCCAGCACAAUUAUAAUGAAUGCUCAUUUUGUUUGGCAAUAAAGCACACUUACUUACACACAAAUUUCAGCUGAGUAGAUGUCUGCUUCGUAUAAUAAAUGCAUUCUGAAAAUCUGAGGCAAUUUCCAAGACAUAAUUUCGAAAACAGUGUACAUGAAAUCCCAUCGACAUUAUUUUAUGACUGUAAUGAAAUCCCCUUCGCGUGUGAGUAGGACGCGCAUGCGCAGGCGUACAGUCCUGCGUAACGGCAAGAUUUCGCGCGUCUUGCAGGAUCACUUGCUAACCGAACACUGGCUAACUACUGGAGUAAUAUGUGUUAGUGUAGGAUAUCACAGUAAGUACGAUUACUAGAAAAAUGUAAUUAUCUAAAAAAAAUCUCAAACAAUUCCGGUACCUCUUGGUCUGCUUUGAAAGUAAGUGUUAUUUAGGAGGUAACGUUUACCGUUGGUGGUAAUAUAAAUAGGUAAUGUAUGCUAACUUCAGAUGUGCAAAUAAUGGAUGGUGGGGAGGCUUAAAAAUUCAGCAUUGGCUCGAUGUAUUACCCACAGGUAAUAAGCUUAUUGUGUACUGUAACGACAUGAGUCGACAUAUUCGACAGUGUAAUGUUGUCAGCAGUUAGCUGGUGAAGUGAAUUCUAACAUAGCUGGUAGUGGGCGUUGUAAGGAGUUUGACAGGCUGGAAAACACACGACACAGCAUUGGACCUUAAGGCGCUACUCACGAAGUUAAUUUCUGUCCAAGAAGCAUUUAGUUUGACAGGUUGUUAUCUGCACUUUCAGUUUCAGCCACUUUGAAGACAGCAGAGGUUAAGUGA